AUGAUGAACCCAGUGGCGCAGAAAAAAAUAAAAUUAACGGAUGAGGCCGUGAAGAGUUUUCAAGUGCUGAGGGCGUUCAAGUAUAAGCAAGCACUGACGAAGAACAUGUCAUGGAGUUACGAUGGAAAUCUGUUGUUAACGUCCAAUCAGAAUGACUCAAUAACGUUGUAUAGCUUACUAAAAGGGAAUAACGUGAAGUCGCUACAUAGUAAAAAUUGUGGUGUGGACGUUGUGCGUUUUUUAAAUAGCACAAAUGAAGUUAUUGUCUGCUCAACGAAAUCGAACAAUUCGGAGCACAAACAGUUCCUGAGAUUUUGGGACAUUAAAGAAAAUAAAUAUAUAAAGUCCCUCCCACAGAUAGGAAACAUUUGUGAAUACAAUGGCAUCAAUAUAAGUGAAAACAAAAAGUUAAUGUUAAUAAAUUCGGACGAUGGACACGUAAAAUUAUACUAUUUUAAUUGUGACUCUCCUUUAAUUUUAUAUAAGUCCGAUUUUGUAAGACCCGUCUCCUCCUUUGAUCAAGAAGGAAAUAUAUUUAUUGCCUCCUAUGGGAAGAAAGAAAUUCACUAUUAUGACCUAUUAAUGCUUGAUCGUGGGGAAUACCACAUUUGCAACUUAAAAGACAACAUGGGAAAAGACGAAUUUGUUGUAAACCUUUUAUUCACUCCAAAUAAUAAAGCUAUAAUCGUUUCGACUAAUCAAAAUAACCAUUUCAAAAUUGACUCCAUCAAUGGCAAUUUUUUAUGUUCUUAUAAAUAUCCUCAAAAAUCACCUGAACAGUUCAGCUCUUUUUAUUCUCCAGCUAGCCAUUUGCACACAAAAAAAAAAAAAAAAAUUUCUUCGAAUUCGAGUGUGAAUGUGUGUGACCAAUUGCGUGCUACUGGUAGUAGUGGUUUGGAGGCGCCCUCGGAAAAUUCGUGCAGCAGUUUGUUCCUCCCAACUGUAACGCCCGACGGGCAGUACGUUAUGAGCGGCUGGACUGACAGCGGAAUUCACAUUUGGAAUGAAAAUGGAAACUACGUGACGACUCUGUAUGGACAUGAGGGCCCCCCGUAUAAUGUGACCUUCAACCCCAAGUGCGCCGUCUUGGCCUCAAGCUGCUUGAACGUUGCUCUGUGGCAACCAAACAUCUGA